CAUACACGUUGGACCAAUGGCAGUAGAGAAUACGCGGAAAUGGGCGUGGCAAAUGUCUGGUCACGCGUUUCCCCGCUGGUCGACUCGAGUGCAGGAUUUCAUGCGGCAUCGAGAUGGAAGCUUGCAUCAUCUCUUGGAGGCUCUGACCCGAGGAGAUUCGGCCGGUUCGGAGAAUGUUCAGCUAUGGUGGUGAGGCACAGUGUGAUGACAGAGUUACAAGUCUUCCAGUGCUCAUUCCAGGGCAGCUCCCUGGCUUUGAGCCAAGUAGGGCAGCGUUAUGGAGAACGACAAGUCCAGAAUGGGAUCGUGUCAGAGGACAGGAAUCAGAUCACUCAAGUCCCUCCAGAAGUUGAGAAAAGUCAGCCUUUGAACAUCCCAGAUGCAGCCAAACGAAAGAAGAAGAAAAGGUCAAGGGCAAUAAACAGCACCAGUGGCACUUUCUAUGACCUCUACAAGCUGACAGAUGAGGUGCUUGGCCAGGGGGCAUUUGCCAAGGUCCAAGGAUGUGUAAGCCUGCAGAAUGGACAGGAGUAUGCCGUGAAGAUCAUCGAAAAGAGUGCGGGACACAGCCGCAGCCGAGUCUUCCGGGAAGUGGAGACUCUCUACCAGUGUCAAGGAAACAAGAACAUUUUGGAAUUGAUUGAGUUCUUUGAAGAUGAUACCUGCUUUUAUUUGGUCUUUGAAAAAUUGCGAGGAGGUUCCAUUCUUACCCACAUUCAGAACAGGAAGCAUUUUGAUGAGCUGGAGGCCAGUAAAGUGGUCCGUGACAUUGCCCAAGCUCUUGACUUUCUGCACACAAAGGGUAUUGCUCACAGGGACCUCAAAUUGGAGAACGUCCUUUGUGAAUACAUUGAUCAAGUGUCGCCGGUUAAGAUCUGUGACUUUGAUCUGGGAAGCGGCGUAAAGCUCAGCAGUGCCUGCACACCGAUAACUACUCCAGAACUCACUACACCGUGUGGCUCAGCAGAGUACAUGGCUCCAGAAGUGGUGGAAGUGUUCACCGAUGAGGCGUCUUUCUACGACAAGCGCUGCGACCUUUGGAGUCUCGGGGUCAUUCUGUACAUCCUGCUAAGUGGCAGCCCCCCGUUCACAGGCCACUGCGGCAGUGACUGUGGGUGGGACCGGGGGGAAACGUGCCGUACAUGCCAGAGUCACCUGUUCGAGAGCAUCCAGCAAGGAAAAUAUGAGUUUCCGGACAAGGACUGGGCUCACAUCACAGACGCUGCCAAGGAUCUUAUCAGCAAGCUGCUGGUGCGAGAUGCCACCCUGCGCAUUAGCGCCACUCAGGUCCUCAAGCACCCAUGGGUGCAGGGGAACGCACCAGAGAGAGGUCUUCCAACUCCUCAUGCCCUACAGAGGAACAGCAGCACCAAAGACCUGAGCCAGUUUGCGGCCGAGGCCAUCGCCUUCCACCGGCAGCUGUCGCAGCACGAUGAGCAGCAGGAGCAGAAGGAGGAGAAUGAAGACGUCCGCCCCAUUGUCGUUUGCUCCAUGAGGCUCUCUCCGCCGUCCAACUCCAGACUGGCUCGCAGGAGGGCGCAGUCCAACGCCCUGCGUGGCCGAGGCGGCGCAGCCGAGUUCACGGCCUGAAAAGAAGCCGCUCGCCAUCCUGCUUUCUGACCUCUUUCACGAUCUAUUUUCUCUUUCUCUUUGUGUCUGAUGGGCCAGCCUAUCAGAAGUGAUAAGUUGUGUUUUUUUUAUUUUUUUUUCCUGCUGCCUGUUACCUUAUCAUUUGCAGCAAAGUAGCGCUUGCUCUUGGAAACCACGGGGAAAUUCCGGACGUUUUAAAACUUUUUUUUUUUUUUACCAUUUUGUGACCGAAGGUUGCGUUUUUACUUUUUUCUAAAUGACAAUAGUGUAGCAGGUAAUUUGUUUGUAGGCAAACACCGCGCUUGAUUGCCUCAUAAACGCAUGUAGAAACAAAUAUUUUUUUUAUAUUAUUUUUUGAUUUUAUGAAGCUUUCAGUGUUCUCAUGUGAAGUGGAUUAUCUGGAUGUGUACAAUGAGCAAGUGGAGUUGUGACGUUUCAUUUUAAUUUCCAGACUGUGAAGAAAGAACUUUAAAUUACUUUUGUUUUUUUAUUUUAAUUUUAUUAUGGUGUCAUUAAGCGUUCUCACACACAAGUUACCUUUAGCACUGAUGUACUUUAAAAGUCUUAAAUGGAGUUUGGAAUCAAUACGAUUAGUAAAUACAUCAUGUUUGGAGCCCACUUUGCACAAGAUCAGGUGAUGAGGUUCUUAUUCUAACCUGAUAUUUUACAGGUUUACAGGAAAUAUAGAGGUUUCUUCAUUGGUAUUAAAGGGAUCUAUUUUUUUAUGUGCAUCUGGUUGAUCAUUCGGGCUUGUAUUCUCUGGUGUAGAUGACGAUAACGCUGACGUGGUUGCGGAACAAAGAUAACUUUAUGGUCAGCAAGCAAAUAUAAUACAACCUCUGCAGUCAAGACUGCAGUUACUUGGGAGGGAUCAGUUUGAAAAGGCUGACUGAUCUGUCGCUCUGAAAAAGGCCACCUCUCUUAAAUGCGUUUGGUUGAAAUUUGUUCAGGUCCACGUCUCCACGUCAUAAACUAUCCAACUCCCGUAGCACCUCCCAAUGAUCUCGCUCCUAAAAUCGAUGUGGAUCUAAGUCAAAUGAGCCACAAAUGGUCUUUUUAUGGGGUUGCAACCAGCAUCGUGAUCUCACACUGUCAGGAGUUGGUGGGUGUUGGUGCAUGGUUUUUACGACUCCACUUUAUUGUCCCCGUGGGUUAAGCUCAACACAUUUUCGGUUUAUGACAGAGUCGAAGAAAUGCGUUUUGACGUAUUGAUCGCAUACCUCGUGCGUUUCUGUAUCUUGUUUUUUGUUUUUCCUGAAUGUGCCAAAAAUGAUGUGCAAACUAAGCUUGGAUAUACAUGGGAAUAAUUCAAUGUUUGUUUGUUUGUUUUUAUAUCUUUGGGAGAACUUAGCUUUGUAUGUUGCAUGAAUUUGUGAGGAAGUCGGGAGUCCACACGUGAGUCCACAGGGUUGCCAUGGACACAACAUCUCUAUAGCAACGCUGAUGCAAGCGCCGGCAAAUCAAAAUCCUCUCAUGGGAUGUCCGUGUGUUCACGCCAUUAACUUGAGUGGCCACAAAUGAGAAAGGUGUUUAGUUAGGGAGCCCCUCCUCUGAUUUCUUUCUUUCGUCUAAUAUUUGUUACUGGUCUUGUGCACAAGGUGCUGAGGAUAUUUUUCGCUGACAUACUGUUCUCAAUAAAAGAUCCUUGAU